UAACAUGGACUGGAAAUGCUUAUAUGCGCUCGUUGUAUGCGUUGCACUGAUAAACGCAUGCUCGGGUUCACAAGUAGAAGACCGUUUGCAAAGUUUGUUAUUUACUAAUUAUAAUAAAAAUGUACGCCCUGUGGAAAGCUACAAUGAAUCAUUAGUUUUGGAAUUUGGGUUAUCAAUUACGCAACUGUUGGAAGUGCAUGAAAAAAAUCAAAUCAUAGUAUCAAGUUGUUGGGUUGAACAGGUCUGGGUUGAUUAUCGGUUGUCAUGGAAUCCAUACAAUUUCAAUAAUGUUAGUUACUUAGUUAUACCAACAGAUUGGGUAUGGCGCCCAGAUAUUGUGCUUGAGAACAGCGGCAAUGGUGUGUACAACAUCCCACUAUCACAGUUCGUGACCCUGGAAUCCGAUGGCACGGUCUACCUGACACCACCGGCCAUCUUUGAAGUGCCCUGCAAGCUGAAUAUUAAAUAUUUUCCUUUCGACGUCCAGCAGUGUAGCUUGCACUUUGGGCCUUGGGAAUACACUGGCGAACACGUGUCAUUGCGGCCAUUGUACGAUGUGGUUAUUAGAGAUAAAUACACUACAAAUACUGAAUGGAAUCUGAUCAAUUCAACGGUAGAAAUAAUAGAUGAUUUCCCUGAAUGUUGCCCGGAUGAGGUAUACAGCGUUCUUGCGUUCACUCUCACUUUCGCAAGACGACCUCUUUACUAUAUAGUUAAUAUUUUAGUACCAUGCCUGAUGAUGGCGCUGUUGACUUUAUUGAUGUUUUGUCUGCACCCGGAUUCAGGAGAAAAGAUUUCUCUGGGUAUCUCCAUACUGAUCGCCAUGUCUGUGUUUAGUUUGUUAGUGGCUGAUAUUAUGCCCCCAACGUCGGAAAUGAUACCUGUGAUUGCACAAUACGUAAUGUUUAAUAUGUUCCUCAUUGCAUGCUCUACUGUGAUAUCAGUAGGCGUGCUUAGUUUGCAUAAUCGCAACGUGCACAGCCUGCACAUGCACCCGGUCAUACGCAAGAUUUUUAUGCACUACAUUCCCAAAGCAUUAUGUAUGCAAAGAUGUCAUGCUAGCAUUAUGAAAUCUCAUUCGAUCACGCAUGAUUUGUCACCGCAUGUAUGCGGGUCAGAAUUAAAAACCGACAGCAAGACGGGUCAAGUAGUUGUUGUCACACACACGAACACAGUGUUCGAUCAAGACGAGCCACAGGAGACAAAUUGCAAUUCAUCUGUUAAUAUUGGGAACGGAAGACCACACAAAAAAGCAAAACACCGACAUUGCCGGAAAGCGGAUAGCACUACACUAGAACAGUUGUUGGAGGAGGUUAUGCUCAUUCGACAACGGGCGCAGCACGUCGAGGCAGAGAAAUUAAUGCUUGAUGACUGGAAAUAUGUCGCUGCUGUCGUAGAUCGUAUGUUUCUAUACGUAUCUACGCUCGUUUACAUCAUAGGAACAUUUGUCAUAUUCGCACAGCCGGAAGUGUUGUCGUCAUUAUAA